AUGUCAGCCUCGCUUCCUGGUAACCGCGCCCUGCCGGCAUCCCAGUAUGAUCUGGACACGUACUGGGGUCGUGUUAGACAUGCUGCCAACCUGUCUGAUCCUAGAACAUUGUUCACCUCUGCUGCCAGUCUCGAACAAGCAAAAGAUCUAGUCACUUCAUACAAGCAGGGCAAGAUUCAAUCGAUGACACCCGACCUUUGGACAGCAAAGAAGGUCAUUGAUGCCACACUUCACCCUGAUACUGGCGAGAAGGUCCUCCUCCCUUUCCGCAUGUCCGCCUACAUCUUCUCCAACCUUGUCGUAACAGCCGGCAUGCUCUCUCCCGGUCUCAGCACCACCGGAACUCUGGGCUGGCAAAUCGCCAACCAGUCUCUCAACGUCGCCAUCAACUCCUCUAACGCCAAUAAAUCAAUCCCGCUCUCCACCUCAACAAUGGUGCAAUCCUAUUUCCUCGCUGUAGGAGCCAGUUGCGGUGUCGCUUUGGGUCUGAACUCGAUUGUUCCUCGCCUAAAGCGUGUGAGCCCAAACACCAAGAUGUUAUUGGGACGCUUGGUGCCAUUCGCUGCUGUGGCUAGUGCAGGUGUGUUGAACGUGUUCCUGAUGAGGGGAGAGGAAAUUCGCAAGGGUAUCGAUGUCUUCCCCACCGAGACCGAGGCGCAGAAACUCAAGCGUGAGGAGGCCGGUCAACCUUUGCAAUCGCUUGGAAAGUCAAAGAAGGCCGCUACGCUUGCUGUGGGUGAGACUGCUGUUUCAAGAGUCAUUAAUGCCACGCCUAUCAUGGUGUUGCCUCCUCUUUUGUUGGUUCGUCUGCAAAAGACUCAGUGGUUGCAGCAAAGGCCGAGAAUGGUUACGCCCGUCAACUUGGGUUUGAUCUUCGCUACCAGUAUUUUCGCUCUGCCUUUGGCUUUGGCCAUCUUCCCCCAGAGACAGGCUGUCAAGGCUAACACUUUGGAGGCUGAGUUCCAUGGCCGUGCUGGUGAUGAUGGCUGUGUUGAGUUCAACAGAGGAAUCUAA